GGGGCGCUGCCGUGGGAGCCCGCACGCAUCGCCGCUCCUCUCCUUGCCGCGCCGAGCCGCCCUGCGCGUGUGUGCGGCCGUGGGCGGGGGGCUGCCGCAUGGCUUUAGCGAAGGCUGGGAGGGAACGCAUGGGUUGGGUGUUUUUUUUCUUGGCCCGCAGCGGCUGCCUGUGCCGCCAGCCGCGGUUAUGGAUUCGCUCGUUAUCCAGGAGCGGUUAGUGGAGAGGCUGCUUUCCCCGCGGACGCAGGCACAGCGAAGCCACCCGGCCAAGCUGAAGGACCAUGAGAAGCAGUACGUGGGCUUUGCCACUCUGCCGAACCAGGUCCACCGGAAAUCUGUGAAGAAGGGUUUUGACUUCACCCUGAUGGUUGCAGGAGAGUCGGGUCUGGGCAAAUCCACGCUCGUGAAUAGCCUGUUCCUGACAGACCUAUACAAAGACAGAAAGCUCCUCAAUGCAGAGGAGAGAAUCAACCAGACAGUGGAGAUUGUCAAGCACACAGUGGACAUUGAAGAGAAGGGUGUCAAGCUGAAGUUGACCAUAGUGGACACACCAGGCUUUGGAGAUGCUGUUAAUAACACUGAAUGCUGGAAGCCCAUCACUGACUACAUCGACCAGCAGUUUGAGCAGUACUUCCGUGAUGAGAGCGGCCUGAACCGAAAGAACAUCCAGGACAACCGAGUGCAUUGCUGCCUCUACUUCAUCUCGCCCUUCGGGCAUGGGCUGAGGCCCGUGGAUGUUGAGUUCAUGAAGGCUCUUCAUGAGAAGGUUAACAUUGUACCCCUGAUUGCCAAAGCUGACUGCCUGAUCCCCUCAGAGAUUCGAAAGCUAAAAGAGAGGAUCCGGGAAGAGAUUGACAAAUUUGGCAUUAAAGUGUACCAGUUUCCUGAGUGCGACUCUGAUGAAGAUGAGGAGUUCAAGCAGCAAGACAGAGAGUUGAAGGAGAGUGCUCCUUUUGCUGUCAUUGGCAGCAACACAGUGGUGGAAGCUAAAGGCCAGCGAGUCCGUGGUCGGCUGUACCCAUGGGGCAUUGUGGAAGUGGAAAAUCAGGCACACUGCGACUUUGUGAAGCUGCGGAAUAUGCUGAUCCGGACACACAUGCAUGACCUGAAGGAUGUCACUUGUGAUGUCCACUAUGAGAACUACCGAGCUCAGUGCAUCCAGCAAAUGACCAGCAAGCUGACUCAGGACAACAGGAUAGAAAGCCCCAUUCCUAUCCUGCCUCUCCCAACACCAGACACUGAGACGGAGAAACUGAUCAAGAUGAAGGAUGAGGAGCUGCGGCGAAUGCAAGAGAUGCUGCAGAAGAUGCAGCAGCAGAUGCAGGAUCAGUGAGAUGCAGGUACUUGGAGGGCAAAGGGAACCCCCAGCGACCAUCUGAGGCCUGCCAGGAGCUGUGGAUGUUUGAAAAGAGGUUUCCCAUUGUAUAGAGACUUGUGGGCAAGAGCUGCACUUGCAUCCUCUAAUUUAUUAGCAGCAAUGCUGGCUUUGCAGUCAGCUGGUUUGUGGAGAAGGCUGUUCAUGUAACUGUUUACUGAUGUGUAUUUCUUUUUUUAAUAAUUAUUCUCUGCUUUCUUUUUUUUUCCUCUUUUUUUAAAUUUUAUUUUUUUUAAGGGAAAAUAGCCUAGGGAGUCUCCAAGGCAUCCUAAAAAAAGAAAGAAAGAAAAAAAAGAAACAGAUUUCCCUUUCCCAUGUGCUAAUUUCUUGUUCAGGAAUGCUCUGCUAUUUAAAGUCCUGGUUUCUCUGGCAUAUGAACUUGAAGAAUAUCUGUGUCAAUGCACGUAAAUGUUUACUCCUGACUGAGGUGCUGUGCCCCCUCCCCUGCUCCCCUUGUCUGGGGCCAGCACAGGUGUUGUCAAGGCAGCAAUUCCCUCCUGGGAGUUCAAGCUGUGCUGCCUGGAGUGCAGGGCUGGGGAGUUUUGUGUGCACUGACCUGCUCAGGGGUCCUGCUGGUUGUCUGCCCAGGUUAUUUGGUUUGGCUUUUUUCCAAUUAGUUGAUUAGGUUUGUUAUUCCUACUAAGAAACUCCAGAUCUUUGCACUGAGUGGCAGGGAACCGAGUCUCUCAAGAUUUGUGAAAAGAAACAGCUUCCACUGCCUUCAGUUGUGUCUUUCUGGCAGAGAGCAUGAGUUGUUGAGGACUGCCUGUGAGGAGGAGAGAUGAUGGGAGCGAACACCUCCCCAGCCUGCUGGCCGUGCUCUCAGCCCAUGGCAGGCUGGAGGGGUUGGCAGGAGCACCACAGCUGGAAGCGCAGGGCCCUGCAGAGCCUGGGUAAGGGUAUCUCCUGGCGUGGCUCUGGUUGUCCAGCUGUUCAAUCUCCAGUGCCUGCACUGAGGAGCACCGCAGCAGCUGCAGUUCCUGGCUGGGCCUGCUUUGGAGAGAAACACUCAGAUCUGAAAACCCGGUAACAGCCUACAUUUCUGUCUGAGCUUCUCCUGGGGAAAGGGGCAGUUUCUAAUGCCUGUACCAGAGAUCUUACAAGCUGCCUGACCAGCCAGGCUGCUGCAGAGAGCAGGAGGUGGCAGGGGGGCUGUGUAGGUCAGUGUGGCAGGUGACAGGAAUGUCACACAGCUGAGUGCAGCCCAGCAGACUUGGCACUUCCCUUCCCCUGGGACACAACCUUUCUCCCUCUCCCCGGCUCUUCCUGUCUCAGUGCUGGGAAAAGCGAUGGAUCUGCUGGGCAGAGAUAAGAGCGUUCUUUGGGCAGCAGCUUCUGUACUAUUUUUGUUUCCUGCAGUAUUUUUAACUCUUAGCACAGACAGAGGAGAGCUCUGGAGUGUGAUGUGCCUAACAGGACAGGACUGACCAGCAACACUGCUGCACUCGCAGGGAAUCAGGGGCUGCUGGAGGGAGAGGCAUUUGGCUCUUACCUCCAGUCCAGGGAGUGCUGCCAUGGGAUGGGCCCUUCUGCUCCUUUGGCUGCCAGCUCAAUUUCUCUGUUCCCUUUCUCCCUUUGUGUCAGUUCCCACAUCUCUGGCUCUUCACAGUAGAUCUCCCUGUGCACAAAGCACAAUAUUGGCCAGGAAUACCCAAACCCUAAAUUCUGUUUCUUGGUGCUGCGUUUCUCUGAUUCUUCCUGUUGGACUUUAGAGCUCUGAUCAGGGCUUUUCCAGGAGGUGCAGAGACGGGUUCCAGUUAUUCCCUGUACAGAGCCUCUGCCCAACCAGAGCAUGGGCUGUAGGGGCAGGAGAGAGAUCCUGACACUGUGGAAGGACAAAGCAGGAGUGGAAGCCCACUGGCAGAAACAUGCAAGCUGAGCAAGAGCAGUGUCCAAGGCAAGUCUCUUCUAAGCAGGCUUCUACUGCCUUGGGGGGCAGGAGGUGGGGAUAAGCUCAGCAGGACAGGAGUGCAGGCAGCUCUUCUGGCUCAGUGUUUUUUACUUUCCUUCUCCUCUGUGUCCAGCUCAUAAGUGACAGUGGAAAUGCCAGCCUAGGAGAGGGAAUGGGUUCAGCUUGUUUUCAGUAACAUGCCCAGGAGCAGGUGCUUAAGGAAGAAAUACAGCCUUUAUCCUGCAGCAUGUUUGCCUGAGCAGUGGAGUAGUCUGAGGUAGGACCUUUCUACAGGUUUUAUGGGGUUGGUUUGCAGCUGCUGGAAUCUGGGGGAAUGCUGAGUUCUCAACUUUAUCCAUGCUAGUGUAACUGGAAGUACCUGUCCCUUCUCUUUUUCCACGAGUCUUGUCUGUUAGGAGGAUGUUCUGUUACAUAUGAGCCCUGUUCAGCUAGGGAUAGUCCUCUUUAAAAUAGAUUAAUUCCCAGGGGAAAAAUCAACAACAACAAAACCCCAGACCUUCACUCUUUAGCAUGCACAUCAUAGGGAUGAAAUUUUUUAUCCUGGGCUGUGUGCUGGUGAGAGCACAGGGUACUCUGGUCACAGGCAGGCAGGAUUGCCUGAGUGUGCAUCUGCCUUGUCCCUCUGAAUGAGGGAAGUCUCCCAUCAGCUCAGUGCACGUGGCUCCUAUUGAUGGCGUCAGCUCUGUUCUCUGCAGUGCUGAACUCUUCAGCUACAAGCUGGCAAAGAUGGUUUGAGCUGCUCUUAUUCAAAACGCUUAGGAGUGAGGCACUACAGACACAGCUUCUACAGAGGGACGGAGGUACUGAAAUCCAUGUCCCAUAUAGAAGGUUCCUUGCCUAGAGCAUCAGAGUUGGGGGGCUGCCUGGAAGUGGUUUAGACUAAUUUUGGAGGGCAUCAGGGAUCUGGACUGGCUUAGAAGGUGACACCCAUUUAUUAAAGGAAGACUGCUUGGUACUGUUGCACUGAGCUGCACAAUAAGCUGCGAAGAUACACCAGAACAAGUGCAGCUCAGUCAUUUGAUUUUGGCAGUGAGAAGUGUGGAUAGGAAGGCAAUCUAACACCUCCCCUUGCAUACAGCCUCCAUAGUCUCACAUGUGACCUCUCUACCCCCAGGUACAUUCCCAUGCCUCUGCCAAGCUUUGCCCUGCCAAGCUAAACACAGCAGGGGCUGCAUCCUGCUCAGCAGAGCUGUCUGUCCUGGGCUGCAGCUGGGCUGGUUGGUAAACACCAUCUUAGCCCUUCUGUCUGACUGGGGAGGGAGCCAUGGCAUGAACUCCUUGUGUGCUGCUGCUGUGCUCGUCCUGCCUGUGCGGUCCAUCCUGCUGCCUUCCUGCUGCCUUCCCGCAUGCCUCCCACUAGAGAGGGAGGGGCUCUCACUUCUUGUGCUGUGCAAUGGCAUUCCCUACUCCUUCUCACAAACCCAGCCGUGCUUGCUGUAACACUGCCUUGCUUCUACCAUGUGACUUCCUCACCCUUCACUCCACUCCUAAGCUCUUUGUUUCCUGUCUGUUGUGUUAGGUUAUUAUAUUUUUUGUAAAUUUCUGUUUGAACAUUUUGUCAUUGUGGAAAGAAAAGGAAACCUUUUAAAACAUAUCCAUUUUAUUAAAUGAUUAUUGUUAUUAUUAAUAAUGUUUACUACCUGAAUUGAUCAGUGAAAUAAAUACAUUCAGAAAACCAA